UAAAAAAACAAAAAUUAAAAAAAGUAAAAUGGUGUGCCUUGGCGCUGCAGCUCCCAUCGACCUCAAAUCCCAAAUUCUCUAUUAUUCAUACUUUUCUCUUUGAAUUCCCCUAAAAAUUGUCCGAUAAAACUCGUCUGAAACGUUUCAGUGGAGGAGCUGAAAGUGUAUAGACAAAGGGGUUUAAGGUUGAGAUAUGUCUGCAAGUGUUACCGAGGAUUCUGCUGGUGGAAGUUCGUUGGAGGGAUUGUCGAGUGCACAACAAUGCAAAACAAGUGAAGUUGCGGAGUGGAGGUCUUCCGACCAGGUUGAGAAUGGUACCCCUUCAACCUCACCUCUGUAUUGGGAUACUGAUGAUAGUGAUGAUGAUGGAGAGCCAAAACCAGUGGAUCUUUAUGGAACGCACACGUGGACGAUUGAUGACUUUCCAAAUAUCAACAAGAGAGAGCUUCGAAGUAAAGUAUUUGAAGUUGGUGGCUACAAAUGGUACAUCUUAAUCUACCCUCAAGGUUGUGAUGUGUGCAAUCAUCUCUCUUUAUUUCUUUGUGUUGCUAAUCAUGAUAAGCUUCUUCCAGGGUGGGCUCAUUAUGCUCAAUUCACUAUUGCUGUGGUGAAUAAAGAUCCCAAAAAAUCUAAAUUUUCUGACACAUUGCAUCGUUUUUGGAAAAAGGAGCAUGAUUGGGGGUGGAAAAAAUUUAUGGAGUUAUCUAAAGUGUCCGAAGGUUUUGUGGAUAAGAACACACUGAUCAUUAAAGCCCAAGUUCAAGUACUCAGGGUAAGAACAGAUCGUCCAUUUCGUUGCCUUGAUUGCCAAUAUAGGAGAGAACUCGUCCGGGUUUAUUUAACUAAUGUAGAGCAAAUCUGCCGGCGUUUUGUUGAAGAGAAAAGAGGGAAUCUUGGAAAGCUGAUAGAGGACAAAGCUAGGUGGUCAAGCUUUUGUUCGUUUUGGUUAGGAAUGGAUCAAAAUACUCGACACCACAUGUCGAGAGAGAAGAAAGAGAUGAUAUUAAAAGUAGUAGUUAAGCAUUUUUUCAUAGAUAAGGAAGUCACAUCUACUUUAGUUAUGGAUUCGUUGUACAGUGGCUUGAAAGCGCUUGAAGGUCAAAGUAAAGUUAAUAAAGGAAAAGGUAAAUUGCCAGAGGGUGAACAUACACCUUCCCCAGUUGUUCGAGUAGAGAAGGAUGUAUUUGUUUUGGUAGAUGAUAUUUUAUUGCUACUUGAGAGAGCUGCUGUGGAACCAUUGCCACCUAAGGAUGACAAGGGUCCUCAGAAUCGCACAAAAGAUGGAGGUGGCGGGGAGGAGUUCCACAAGGACUCAAUUGAACGUGAUGAAAGGCGUCUGACAGAAUUAGGGCGAAGGACAGUGGAGAUUUUCGUUCUUGGUCACAUAUUCAGCAACAAAAUUGAAGUAGCCUACCAGGAAGCUGUUGCAUUAAAGAGACAAGAGGAGCUCAUUCGUGAAGAGGAAGCUGAGUGUCUGGCUGAAAGUGAGAAAGCAAAGCGCAAUGCUGGCGAGAAGGAUAAGAAAUCAAAGAAAAAACAGGGAAAGCAGAAGAGAAAUAGUCGCAAGGGAAAGGACAAGUUGAAGGAUGAAAACUCUGCUCUCAUAGCACAAGAUAGACAGUUGCAUGAAGAGCUGAGUGCUGAAAUGAAAGGCCUGGUGGAGUCUGAAACUGUGGCUGAUAAGGAUGAUAUCAUGGAUUAUGUGUCUGAUGUCUCUGAAUCUGCAGAAUGUGCUGUAGAUAUGCUACAACCUGAUUCAGAAGAUAGAGAGGCGAGUCCUGCUAAUUGGGACACAGACACAUCAGAGAUUCAUCCCACUGCAGAAGCUAGUGGCAGUGAAAUUAGCAGCAUUUCUACUGUGCAGAAUGGAGUCACAGAUAGGAGGAAUUCAUCAAUAAUGGAUGAUAGCUCCUCUACUUGCUCUACAGAUUCUGCUCCUUCCACUGUAGUAAAUGGAGCUUACAGAUCAAAAUCCUUUACAAACUAUAAAAACCAGAAAUCACCAUCAAGAGGGAAACACCAGCAAGUUAGGGGGACGUGGACAUCUGAGGAUCAUAGUGUUGCACAUGAGGCAGAUACUCGGCCAUCUGAACCUGCCGAUACUUCUAGUUGCAUUGCUGUUGAAUCUAAUGAGUCUGUGGAUGCUGUCACUUUGUUGCAGGACAUGACAAAGUGGCCAGAGCUGAAUGCAGUUAAAAAACAGGAAGAAGAUGUUGUGUUGUUCCAUAAGAAGCCGAUCAAGAAGAGUGGUAAGGACCAUUAUGAUGUAGUAUCAACUCGGAAAAAAGUAGUGGCAUCAUCGUACUCAUCUAAGAGCCCUCUGAAAAAUACCACCUCAUUUCCAUCAGUUCAGCCAAAUUCUAAUUUGAAGCCUAGCUCUCACAAUGAUCUGGUUCCAAAAACAUCCUCAAAUGGGCAACAACAAACUGAUAAGGCAACAUUGCAUGCAUCAUCCUAUACAGCAACCGUGUCAAAACCGGACUCCACAAAGUUUACAGUUUUGAAUCCUACGGAUAAACUUGUUGGACAGCAGGCUGGAGGAUUGUCUAGGCCAUCAAGUGCUCCUCUAGUUCCUGGAGCUUUGCCUGCUGCCUCAGUUGUUUCCAUGGUGCAAGCCGCAUGUUCGAGUGCUCCUACGUUGUCCCGUUGUGUUAGUGCUGCUGGUCGCUUGGGUCCUGACCCCUCCUCAGCAGCAGCCCAUCCAUAUGUGCCGCGGUCUUAUAGGAACGUCAUGUUGGGUAAUUCUUUCAGUACAAGCUAUUCGGGUUUCUCACUUUCCUCUCCCCCAGCUAAUGCAAUGGUGAAUAUAUCAACAUCGUUCUCUCAGCAGUCUACUUUGUUGCAAAAUUCUGUGAUGAAACCCAGCAUAGUCAGUUCAUGCAUGUCUUUUACUGCAACUCAGGAUGAGGCUCUUGGCCAACCAUGGAUGGAGAGCCCCCAGAGAGAUGUUGACAGAAGACUGAUGUAUGAUUCUCAGUCAAUGCGUAAUGAUAUUCCAAACUUCGAUUUGUAUCAAAACAUGAAGAGUAUGCCUCAUGAACUCUUCCCGUCAGAAUCAUCAGCUGGUACUUCUGGGCGUCAAGUUCAGAAUACAAUGGAUGAUGGGUUUCCCCACCUUGACAUCAUCAAUUAUCUUUUUGAUGAUGAACAGGUUACUGAGAGGACUCCUCAUGGGAACCAGGUUUUCCAGAGUCUUUGCAAUGGUUCCACCCUUUUUAAUCGGAACUCGAGUCACCCCAUCAAUACGAGCUUAUUGAGUGAAGCAAGCUCUCUGGGAAGGUUUGAUAGGUCAAAGACUUACCCUGAUGAUGGCCUACAACAGGAUUAUGGUGCUGGCAGUCCUUUUGAUUCAGUAAGAGAGUUCAUCUCUGAAGGUAAUCCUGCUACGCCUUGCAUGAAUGGUCUGAUUGAUAGUGUAGGGUCAAACCAGUGGCAGUUGGGUGCUGAUCUGUCCUUACUGAGCACGAGGAGUUCAGGGAUGGAUGGUUAUUCGUAUAGUAUUCUUGAUCCCUCUAGUAUGGCAUGUGGUGUGAAUCGUUACAAUAAUUUCCGGUCAUCAAAUGGACACUGAGAGGCCCUAUUAAGCCAAAAUAGGUAACAAGUAUUGAAGGGAAUUUGGUGGGUUAUAAAUCUAUCUAUAUGAGAAACAACAAUCUGUAAAGAGUGACGCUGGAUUAUUGGCUUUUAAUUUUAUAGUUGAUCCACCUGAGCCUGUAGUAUCCAUAAAUUUUAUCCAAAAAAAUAUUUAGGUUAUAUUUUCAAUUAUUAAA